GUAACCUUUUUGUAAACUUCAUGAAUCUAGAUGUCUUUACUCCUUAACAAUUUUGCAUUGAAUAUGUUGUAUGUAUAUAUGGUUUGUUAAUAAUAUUUGUGCGUUUUCACUUGUUUCAGGAAGAUGAACAGUCACAGAACCAGUACCCCAAUGGGCAACAAGUUCAAGGGCAAGGUCGUUGUGAGGAAGCCCGUGUUUGAAUAUUCAUCAAAUGGAGAGGACAAGCAAAGCCUCGCGGUUGGCAUAUCAACGGGGGAGAAGCUGAUGAAAGUCAUCUGUUACAAGAGAGAUGCAUUUACGAAGCUUGUGGUGAAUCAGGACGUGAUCUUAUACAACGUCAUAUCCAGGACAGAAAAUGGGGUUGAAAUUCUUGUUGUAACAAGCAAGAGCAAGGUGGGCAUGACUGGUGGACUGUUUGUGCCCGAAGAUCAUCGGCGCUGUCUGGAGGAUAUGCUGAGUGACAGGGAUGCAGAGGUUGUGCCUGUCACGACAGCACUUCAAUCCCCGCCAAAACACAGGACCAGCAUUGCUGGAAGGAUUGUAAAGGAGGAAGAAACUGCAGAGCGCCUGGUCGCUGGCCGCUCAACGGCAAUGAAGGAAAUAACGAUUGAGGAUAGUUCUGGAAGAGCCAAUGUCGCACUGUGGCGCAAGAGCACUGAGUACGAGAUAUGA